GUCAGAGCAAUCGGCUGCCAUACUUCAUCAAUUAUUUCUUCGACACCUACCUGCUGAUCAAUGAGGAUACUCCUGUGGGUUCCUCAGUGACUCAGCUUCUGGCCCGGGAUCUGGACAACGAUCCGUUGGUCUUCGGUGUGGUCGGGGAGGAGGCCAGUCGGUUCUUCGCCGUGGAGAGCGUGACCGGUGUUGUCUGGCUCCGGCAGCCCUUGGACAGAGAGACGAAGUCGGAAUUCACGGUUGAGUUUUCUGUCAGUGACAGCCAAGGGGUGAUCAAAGGGACAGUUAACAUCCAAGUAGGAGACGUGAACGACAACGCCCCGCGGUUCCACAACCAGCCCUACAGCGUCCGCAUCCCCGAGAACACACCGGUGGGCACUCCGAUUUUCAUAGUCAAUGCCACGGAUCCGGACCAAGGGGCAGGAGGCAGCGUGCUUUACUCCUUCCAGCCUCCUUCCAACUUCUUCGCCAUCGACAGUGGACGUGGCAUCGUGUCGGUGAUACGGGAGCUGGACUACGAAGUGACUCAGGCGUACCAGCUCCAGGUCAAUGCCACGGACCAAGAUAAAAACAAGCCACUGUCUACUCUGGCCAACCUGGCAAUCACCAUUACGGACGUCCAGGACAUGGACCCCAUCUUCAUCAACCUGCCCUACAGCACGAACAUCUAUGAGAACUCACCUCCGGGUACCACUGUAAGGAUGAUAACGGCGAUCGACCAGGACAAGGGCCGUCCCCGAGGCAUCGGCUACACCAUCGUGUCAGGUAACACCAACAGCAUCUUUGCACUGGACUACAUCAGUGGAGCCUUAACCCUGAAUGGGCCGCUUGACCGGGAAAACCCCUUCUACAGCGCUGGAUUCAUCCUCACGGUGAAGGGCACAGAGCUGAAUGACGACCGCACACCCUCCAACGCCACUGUCACCACCACCUUCCACAUCCUCGUCAUUGACAUCAACGACAACGCGCCCGAGUUCAACAGCUCCGAGUACAGCGUGGCCAUCCCAGAGCUGGCCCAGGUGGGCUUUGCUCUUCCCCUCUUCAUCCAGGUGCAGGACAAAGAUGAGGGACCCAACAGCGUCUUUGAGGUUUACCUGGUGGGCAACAACUCCAACCACUUCAUCAUCUCGCCGACCUCCAUCCAGGGGAAGGCGGACAUCCGCGUCCGUGUGGCCGUGCCGCUAGACUUUGAGACCAUUCCUCGCUACGAGUUUUCGCUCUUUGCGAACGAGAGCAUCCUGGACCACGUUGGCUUUGCGCGUGUGAAGAUUAACCUCAUCAAUGAGAAUGACAACCGCCCUGUUUUCAGCAAGACCCUGUACAAUGUCAGCCUCUUUGAGAACACCACCGUGGGCACCACCGUCCUCCAGGUCCACGCAACUGACAAUGAUGUGGGCACAUACGGGAAAGUCAGUUAUUUUUUCAGCGAUGACCCCGAUCGUUUCUCUCUGGACAAGGACACGGGUGUCAUCCUCCUGACGGCUCGGCUGGACUUCGAGACCACGCAGCGCUACACCCUGACCGUCAUUGCCCAGGAUGGUGGCGGGGAGGAAACGACAGGGCGAGCCCGGAUCAACGUCCUCGACGUCAACGACAAUGUCCCCACCUUCCAGAAGGAAGCAUACCUGGGGGCCCUGCGGGAGAAUGAGCCCUCUGUCACCCAGGUGGUCCGGCUCCGGGCCUCUGACGAGGACUCCCCUCCAAACAACCACAUCACCUACAGCAUCGUGCAAGCAUCAGCCUUCCCCGACUACUUCGACAUCGCGGUGUCGGAAGGGUACGGAGUGAUCAGCGUGAACCAUCCCCUCGACUACGAGCAGGUGGCCAACGGGGUUAUUUACCUCACUGUGAUGGCCAAGGAUGCCGGCAACCCACCGCUCAACAGCACCGUCCCUGUCACCAUCGAGGUGUUUGAUGAAAACGAUAACCCCCCCACGUUCAGCAAGCCCUCCUAUGUUAUAACGGUCAUGGAGGACAUCAUGGCAGGAGCCACGGUACUGUUUCUCAAUGCCACAGACAUGGACCGGUCCAGGGAGUACGGACAGGAGUCCAUCAUCUACUCCCUGGAGGGCUCCUCACAUUUUCGGAUCAACGCUCGCUCAGGGGAAAUCACAACAACGUCCUUGCUGGACCGGGAGGCCAAGUCCGAAUACAUCCUCAUUGUCCGGGCAGUUGAUGGAGGUGUGGGCCACCACCAGAAGACAGGCAUUGCUAUGGUGAACAUCACGCUGCUGGACAUCAACGACAACUACCCCACGUGGAAGGAUGAGCCGUACUUCAUCAACCUGGUGGAAAUGACCCCCCCGAACUCGGACGUCACCACGGUGGUGGCCAUUGACCCAGACCUGGGCGAAAACGGGGCGGUGGUGUACAGCAUCCGGCCCCCCAACAAGUUCUACAGCCUCAAUAGCACCACGGGCAAGAUCCGCACAACCGGUGUCCUCCUGGACCGAGAGAACCCCAAUGCCCAGGAGGCCCAGCUCAUGCGGAGGAUCGUGGUGUCAGUCACCGACUGUGGGAGGCCACCCCUGCGAGCUACCAGCAGCGCCACGGUUUUCGUCAACCUGCUGGACCUCAAUGAUAACGACCCUGCUUUCCAAAACCUGCCCUUUGCUGCCGAGAUCGCCGAGGGCCUUCCCGCUGGCUCCUCUGUCUUCCAGGUGGUGGCCAUCGACCUGGAUGAGGGGCCAAAUGGGCAGGUGACAUACCGCAUGCAGGUGGGGAUGCCUCGCAUGGAUUUCAUCAUCAACGGCACCAGCGGGCUCAUCAUCUCCACUGCCGUGCUGGACAGGGAGAGGAUCGCCGAGUACUACCUGCGGGUGGUGGCCAGCGAUGCUGGCGUGCCCUCCAAGAGCUCCACCAGCACCCUGACCGUCAAAGUUCUGGACGUGAAUGACGAGAACCCUACCUUUUUCCCCGCCGUCUACAACGUGUCACUGCCUGAAAACGUGGCUCGGGAUUUCAAAGUGGUCCGGCUCAACUGCACAGAUGCUGAUGUUGGGCUGAACGCUGAGCUCAGCUACUUCAUCACAGGUGGGAACCAGGAUGGCAAAUUCAGCGUCGGCUUCAGGGAUGGAGUGGUCAGGACAGUUGUGAGUCUGGACAGGGAGACCGUGGCGUCGUACGCGCUGAUCCUGGAGGCCAUUGACAACGGCCCCACAGGGAACCGGCGCACCGGGACUGCCACCGUGUAUGUGACCAUCCUGGAUGUCAAUGACAACCGACCCAUCUUCCUGCAGAGCAGCUACGAAGUCAGCGUCCCUGAGGACAUCCCGGCCGCCAGCAGCAUAGUGCAGGUGAAAGCCACAGAUGCUGAUGAAGGUGUUAACGGGAGAGUGUGGUACAGGAUUGUCAAGGGCAACGAGCACAACCACUUCCGCAUCAACCCCAGCACCGGGCUGGUGAUGCGGGGCGUGCGGCACCUCGACCGGGAGCAGAAUUCUUCUCACGUCCUGGAGGUGGAGGCCUACAACAUGGAGCAGGGACCCAUGAGGAGCUCUGUGCGGGUGAUUGUCUACGUGGAAGAUGUCAACGACGAGGUGCCGGUGUUCACCCAGCGGCAGUACAACCGCCUGGGGCUGCGGGAGACGGCGGGGAUAGGGACUUCGGUGGCAGUGGUCCGGGCCACUGAUCGAGACACAGGGAACGGUGGUCUGGUGAACUACAAAAUCUUGUCGGGUGCUGAAGGGAAGUUUGAGAUCGACGAGAGCACUGGCCUCAUCACCACGAUUGAGUACCUGGACUAUGAGACCAAAACCAGCUACCUGAUGAAUGUCUCUGCCACGGACCAGGCACCCCCCAACAACCAAGGCUUCUGCAGCGUGUACGUCAGCCUGCUGAAUGAGCUGGACGAGGCUGUGCAGUUCUCCAACAGCAGCUACGAGGCCGUGAUCAUGGAGAACAUUCCCCUGGGCUCCGAGGUGCUCCGGGUUCAGGCCCGCUCCAUUGACAACCUCAACCAGAUCACCUACAAGUUUGACCCCAACACCAACGCCCAGGCGCUCUCCCUCUUCAAAAUCAACGGGAUCACCGGUGUGAUCACGGUCAAAGGCCAGGUGGAUAGAGAGAAAGGGGACUUCUAUACCUUGACGGUGGUGGCUGAUGAUGGAGGACCCAAGAUUGAUUCCACGGUGAAGGUGACCAUCACAGUCCUGGACGAGAACGACAACAGCCCCCAGUUCGACAUCACCUCCGACUCGUCCGUGAGCGUGGCGGAGGACAGCGCCGUCGGGAAGCGGGUGGCCGUGGUCCUGGCCCGCGACCCGGAUGCGGGCAGCAACGGGCAGGUGACUUUUUCGCUGACGUCAGGGAACAUUGGCCGGGCUUUCGAGAUCCAUACCACCAACGACACCUACGGGGAGGUGUUUGUGGCACGCCCGCUGGAUCGGGAGCUGCUGGAUCAUUACACUUUACGGAUUCAAGCCUCAGAUGGCGGUGUGCCUCCCCGGAGGAAGGAGCACACCCUGCGAGUGAACAUCCUCGACGUCAAUGACAACCCCCCCAUCAUCGACAGCCGCUUCGGCUACAACGUGAGCGUGAGCGAGAACGUCGGCGGUGGCACGGCGGUGGCUCAGGUACGCGCCACCGACCGGGAUGUCGGCCUCAACAGCGUCCUCUCCUACUACAUCACCCGCGGGAACGAGGACCUGACCUUCCGCAUGGACCGCGUCACCGGCGAGAUCGCCACCCGGCCCUCGCCGCCAGACCGCGAGCGGCAGAGCUUCUACAGCCUGGUGGUCACUGUCGAGGACGAGGGCAACCCCUCCUUGUCGGUGAGCCACCAAAAACGGAGCUUGUCGGGAGCGAGCGGAAGCAGGGAAGAGGCUCGGGGCACAACGUUUUGGUGA